UAACGCUGGAUCUCGCACGUGCUCGCCGUCAAAAAAGAUCCUCUCUUUCCCUUUCUCUUCUUUUUAACACCAUUAAUUAUAUUUCCCAAAGUAAUAUUUUCUAGGGUUUUCAGAAUCUCCGAAAUUUGCUCGCUUUCCAUCAAUUUUGAGAGAGAAAAAUUAAAAUUAGAUUUUUCCGCAAUUUUUGGGGUUGGAAUUGGGAAAGUUGGGAUUUCGCUUGGAUUGGAUGGUGCAGUUGAUGAGAUCGGGAAAUCUUAGGCCGGAGCUUCAGACGACGGCGUGCCUUGACAAACCGCCGGUGAAAUUGGAGAUCGUCGAGGAUUCGUUAGAGGAAGAACAUGGCCCUCUUAGUAAACGAUCAAAACCUUCUCCAAAUAUUCAAUAUGUUGUUUUGCUGUAUUUUGACGAUGAUGAUGAUUCUUUUUGUCAGUGGAACUCCGAUGAUAAUGCUUUCUCGAUCCCGCCAUCGCAAUACAAUCCGUUGGAUGAGCCGAGCCCCCUUGGUUUGAGGCUAAGAAAGAGUCCUUCCCUGUUGGAUUUGAUCCAAAUGCGCCUCUCUCAACCCCAAAGCAGUGGCUCAGCUGCCCAAGAUGAAGACUUGAGCUCUGGAGUCAAAAAGGAGGCCAAAGCUGCUGCUGCUACGGAUAAACUUAAAGCCUCAAAUUUUCCAGCUUCCAUUCUUCGGAUCGGCAACUGGGAGUAUAAGUCGAGGUAUGAAGGUGAUUUAGUGGCCAAGUGUUAUUUUGCGAAGCAUAAGCUUGUUUGGGAGAUUUUGGAAGGUGGGCUUAAGAGUAAGAUUGAAAUACAGUGGUCGGAUAUUAUGGCUUUUAAGGCAAAUUGUCCUGAUAAUGGACCAGGGACUUUGAAUGUUGUGCUUGCAAGACCGCCCCUUUUCUUCCGGGAGACUAAUCCGCAGCCUAGAAAACACACCUUAUGGCAGGCAACUUCUGAUUUUACUGACGGUCAAGCUAGCAUACAUAGGCAACAUUUUCUGCAGUGUCCUCAAGGAUUGUUAAACAAACAUUUUGAAAAGCUCAUCCAGUGUGACAUGCGUUUGAACUGUUUAAGCAGACAGCCAGAGAUAAUUUUGGAUUCACCAUACUUUGAAUCACGCUCUUCAGUGUUUGAGGGUCCUGAUGAACUGAAAAGGCAUGAUUUUGGCCAGGGGGAGACUUGUAACGGAUCUACUAGCUCUGGCUUCCAGAAUAUAGCACCACCAGCUGCAGCUCAGUCUUCGUCCUUGGAGACUGAAAAAGGGGAUUCUGCUGGUAUAACCUCAGAACAUAUGUCCAGGGAAGCUCCGUCCCCCAGUUCAGUGAUGGACUCUCGUGCCAUUGAAGGAAGUGGGGUUUGUGAAGCAGUGGAUUCAAAGGGGCCAAGGAAUUGGGACCAGAUUAAAGUUCCUGGACUUCACCCGUCUAUGUCCAUGAGUGAUCUCAUGAACCAUAUUGGACACCAUCUUUCGGAGCAGAUGACCUCUGGAAAUCCAUCCGCUGAAAUUAGGCCAGACUGCCAGGAAAUGCUGGAGGAGAUUGCACGCUACCUUCUCAGUGACACUCAAUUUACAACAGCCUCUGAUGAGAAAUCUCUAAUGUCAAGGGUUAAUUCUUUCUGUUGUCUUCUGCAAAAGGACACUACGGCAGGCACAAACUCACAGGCUAAUGGGGAAAAUUAUGAAGGAGCUGAUGAUGGAAAAGAUGUUCAGCUAAACAAAACUCAUGAGUCUGGGUUUAAUAUUAUAGCUAAUGGUGAUGUGAAGGCUUUUGAAGGGGAUACAAAGGAAGUCUCUGGUAGCAAGCACGCUCCAGGCAUGUCAAGAAAAGACUCGUUUGGACGUGACACUGACAUGUUGGGAAAAGGCAAUAUUGAAGAAAAGUCAAGCUCGGGAAGCAUCUUCCGAUCAUGACGGGGAGGUAAUGCUAGUGGGAACUUAACGCUGAUGUACAGAGGAAAGUGAGCGCGCUUCCCUUCCAAUUUGUCAUUGAAAACAAAAAGCCUAGUAACCUUUUCGUCCAUGGUCUUAUUGAAAUUCCUAUUCUUAAAAUGCAAGGGAUAAAAUAAAAGUAAAGAAGAGGAAAGAGAAGACAAAGGGAAUUUGUGAUAGGAAUUAGGAUGAGUCAAACAUAUAUCCAUUUGAUAAACUGUCCGAAAAGUAAGCUCAGUAAUCCUUGCGAGGACACAAUAUUUGUUCAUGAAGUCUAUGAAAGUUUGAUUUUCUAUUCCAUGCUCAUUAUUACAUUUGCAUAAAAUUCAUGGUUGAGGAAGUUGAAAUGGCUGACAUUUGUGGUUUGGUUUCCUUUC